CAGGCGGGCAGGCGGCGGGCAGCCGAGGACCGAGACGGGCACAGUGGGUCCCCGCGCCACUGGGUGCUGUGGCCGGCUCCAGAGUGAUUGCCUUGAAGACGCCGCGCGCGCAUACAUCCGAGACAGGUGGGGAAGCACUCACUUUCCCAGCUGGAGCUCACCUGACUGCGAACCAGCGGACGGAGGUGAAGGGGCAGAGAGGCAGAGGAGGCCUCCAGGAGGAGGCCCAGGAGCUCCUCCGCAUCUCUAAGGAGAGGCCGCGCCAUGCUGGACCCCCACCUCCCACCUCCGCCCCUCGGGCCCACGGAAGCGAGGCCUACCCCCUGUGCCUUCCGGAUCCCGGAUGGGAGCUACAGGUGUCUGGCUCUGGAGGCCGAGGAGAGCAGCGGUGAGGAGGGCCUGCUGGGAGAUGCAGGGCUCACGGACCCGGAGGAGGAGGAGGCGGCGGCCGGCAGCAGUGGGGACUGCCGAGCUGCCCAAGGGGCGCCACAGCUACCCAGCGCCCUGAGCAUCCAGCUGCCCAGCUGCUCCAGGGAGCCGCAAGGAGGGCCCCGGUGUGACGACAGGGGCAGCCGGGACUGGAACGUGGUGAAGGCCCGGAAGGUGAUGACAAACAGCUCCAGCCCUGGCCCUGGGCCCAGGGUGGCCCCGAAACCAGCCGUGGGCCGGAGCACUAGCCUCAGCGAGAAGGACCUGAAGGAGGCGAAGGCGCGCAGCCAGCAGAUCGCGGCCCAGCUGACCACUCCUCCCAGCUCCAACUCCCGCGGCGUCCAGCUCUUCAAUAGGCGCCGACAGCGGGUGAACGAGUUUACCUUGGAGAGCUGUGGCCAGCGGGGACAGAAGCCCAGCCCGGAGGCCCUCGGAGCGCUCCCUGCCAGCGCCGCGGGCCAUGUGCCGGGGCCCAGCCUGAGUGCCCCCUUGCCACCCCAGCCAGGCCCUCCAAGGAAGCCCAGUCCCCACGGCCCUGACAGAGGGGGCCCCAGCAUGGAGGGCUACUCGGAAGACGCCGGCUUGCUGCGGCACCUGGAAAAGAUGGCCAGUGAGGAGGAGGAGGUCCCGCUGGUGGUUUAUCUAAAGGAGAACGCGGCCCUGCUGACGGCCAACGGGCUGCACCUGUCUCAGAGCCGGGAGGCCCAGCAGUCCCCGCCCACCCCUCCUCCAGCUGAGGACCACAGCCCGACCACAGAUGUCAACCAGAACCUCUCGUCACCCAGUGCCACGCUCACAGCACCAGCUUCCAACAGCACCUGCAACCCACCGGCCACGGAUGUCAAUCAGAACCCCGCAGCAGCUGUCACCCCGCAGAGCCUGCCACUGGCCAGCACCCCACAGCACGCCUCCGAGGGACCAUGCCCAUCCAACGGCUCGGUGCCAGAUUCUGAAUCUCCCAGCACCCCGUGCACAGACGGGCAAUCCCGGGCGCCAGCUGAUGAGGUGAGGUUCAGCACACUCCUCAUCGAUAAAGUAUCGGCUCCACCUACCACCACCACCAGCGCCUUCUCCCGAGAAGCCACACCCCUGCCCAGCUCUGGCCCCUGUGCCCCAGAUUUCACAUCCAGCUCCUUGCUGGUCGAUGUACAGCCCAGCGCCCUAGGGCUGGCAGCAGAACCAGAGCUGUGUGGACAGGCAGCUGCCAUCACACCCACCAAGGCAUACAGCGAGGUGCACCUGACACUGGCCAAACCCCCGUCGGUGGUCAACAGGACGGCCAGGCCCUUUGGGAUGCAGGCCCCGGGCGGCAGCAGCCAGCUGGAGCGGAGCCCCAUGGUAGAGAGACGGCAUCUUGGGGAGAAGGCUGCAGCUCCCCAGGCCCCCACCUUGGCAGACAGGAGCCCGCGGCCACAGAGACACGUGGUGUCCCACAGCCCCAUGGCAGAGAGGAGGGUGAUGGGGCAGCGAAGCCCGGCCUCCGAGAGACGCCCCUUGGGGCACUUCACGCCGCCACCCACCUACGCCGAGACCUUGUCUGCGGCUCCCCCGGCUUCCCGGGUGCGCUCUCCCCCAUCCUACUCUGCCCUGUACCCCAGCUCCGAUCCCAGGCCUCCCGCUCUGAAAGGCCAGGCAGUGCCCACCGGCAAGACGGGCAUUUUGGAGGAGUCGAUGGCCCGCCGGGGCAGCCGUAAGUCCAUGUUCACCUUCGUGGAGAAGCCCAAGGCAACCCCGAACCCCGACCUGCUGGACCUGGUGCAGACGGCCGACGAGAAGCGGAGGCAGAGGGAGCAGGGAGAGGCGGGUGCAGACGAGGAGCCCUUCGCCUUGGGCGCCGAGGCCUCCAACUUCCAGCAGGAGCCGGCCCCUCGAGACAGGGCCAGCCACAGCACCGCAGAGGAGGCCGUGCCCGAAUGGGCCUCCUGCCUCAAGUCUCCCCGCAUCCAGGCCAAGCCCAAGCCCAAGCCCAACCAGAACCUCUCGGAGGCCUCCGGGAAGGGGGCUGAGCUGUAUGCCCGCCGCCAGUCACGGAUGGAGAAAUACGUCAUCGAGUCGUCGGGUCCCGCGGCCGCCGAGCUGGCCCGCUGCCCCUCUCCGACCAUGUCCCUCCCCUCGUCCUGGAAAUACUCCACCAAUGCGCCCGGGGGAUUCCGGGUGGCCUCCCGCAGCCCAGCACGGACCCCGCCUGCCUCUCUCUACCACGGCUACCUGCCCGAGAACGGGGUCCUGCGCCCGGAGCCCACCAAGCAGCCCCCGUACCACAUGCGGCCCUCGCUCUUCGUCCUCUCGCCCAUCAAGGAGCCUGCCCGGGCCACGCCGAGGGCCGCCUCCCCCCGAGCUGUCUCGCCGAGAGCCGCCUCCCCCGCCAAGCCCAGCACCCUGGACCUGGUGCCCAGUCUGCCCAAGGCAGCCCUCCCGCCGUCCCCUGUGCUGCCUCGGCCCUGCCGCUCCUCUCCGGGCCUCUACGCCUCCCCUGGCCAGGACGGCGUCCAGCCCCCCGCCGUGAGCCCUCCCUACAGCAGCGAUGUCUCGCCGGUGUCACCCUCCAGGGCGUGGUCUCCCCGCGCCAAGCAGGCCCCCAGGCCCUCCUUCUCUACCCGCAAUGCCGGCAUCGAGGCUCAGGACCGCCGGGAGAUUCUGCCCACGUCCCCGCCCUGGACGCCGGCCGCAUCCAGGCCCCCCAGCAGCCUGGACGGCUGGGUGAGCCCGGGGCCGUGGGAGCCCAGCCGCGGGAGCAGCACGAGCAGCCCCCCACCGCCGCUGCCCCCGCCGCCGCCGAUGUCCCCCUCGUGGAGCGAGCGCUCAGUGUCCCCGCUGCGGCCCGAGCAUGACGCGCGGCCACCCAGCCGCCAGCUGCAGGCACUCCUGGCGCGCAACAUCAUCAACGCAGCCCGGCGCAAGAGCGCCUCCCCGCGGCCGGCGGGCGCCGAGAGCCUGCGGCCCUUCUCCCCGCCGCGGCCGCCGCCGCCGCCGCCGCCACUGCGCAUGCGCUCGCCGCAGCCCGCACGUCUGGGCCCUCUGGCGGCGCCCGGGGCCACAUUCGCCCCGAUCCCGCGGAGCCCCCUGCCCGCCGGGCCCUCGUUCUGCGCCGGUCCCCGGAGCCCGCUGCCCGCGCCGCCUAGGCCCUUCCCCUACCGUCGCUCGCCCACGGACUCCGACGUGUCCCUCGACUCCGAGGACUCCGGGGCCAAGUCGCCCGGUAUCCUGGCCUACAACAUCUGCCCCCGCGGGUGGACGGGCAGCCUGCGGCUCAAGCGUGGCAGCCUCCCCAGCGAAGCCUCCUGCACCACCUAAAGUCCCCCGCGUAGUAACACGCAAAUAUUUCUAAAUUCAGAAUAAGCCAUCACACGGUCCACAAAUCCAAACUCCCAAUGAGAAGCAGCACACUGACCAGCCUUGCCCACCCCCACGAGGGCCAAAGAGCGAUCAGGCUUGGGGGACCCAGCGCUUCGGCCCCAAAGGGUCUGGUCUCAUUGGUCAGCCCCAGAGAGGAGCGCUCCGGCCGUGGGCUGGGGGGGGGGGACCCACACUUGGUUUCUGGCCCUUCCCGGUUCACUCAGUUCUCUGAUGCUCCUGCUGACCCUCAGCUGCCUGUUUACCGUGGCUUGGACAACACCAUCUCCCAACGUCAGCACACACACGCCUUGGCAACAGGACCCCGGGGCCGGCCGCGUUCUCCUCCCCCCAGCUCCCCCCAGCUCCCUGGAGUCUGCCACCUGUGGUGUGUUCAAAAGCUCCCUGUCCCACGCAGGCCCUGGCCUGGCCUGGCCAUCGAGCUCCCUGGCACCGAGGUCCGGGCAGGAGCAGCUGUUUUCCGUCCCUUCCCAGACAAGCUCUAUUUUUACCCGGUGACCUUUAGAGCAGUCUCUCGGGCCUGCUCAAGGUGCCCGGCCGUGCCUUCUGGAGAGGAGGUGAGAGCGCCUCUUCUGGCCCCUGCUCAGCCCCCACCCCGGUGCAGGGGGUCUCGGGCCUCUUAGCUGCAGCCAGGACUUCCUCCCAGGCCUGGGACUUGGGUUGCCCACGCAGCUGUCCCUCCUGGGCCCACCCAUGCCAGGAUCUGGGUUCACAGCUGACCUGAGGACGGCAGAGAAUGGAGCAAGCCUGAGGCUCUCAGAUCGGGGGUGUCUAAGUGGAGUGAGACGGAGGUUCUGCUGUUACAAGGAGUAUGCUAGCUGUGUGGCAGCCCCCGCUCUGGGUGACCCCUGAGGGCUCCCCUAGCCCUGAAAUUCACUUCCUGGUCUAAGAAGUGGGGGGGAGGAUGGUGACAGAGGAUCACGGGAGCAGAUAAGCUGGGGGGGGGGGUGAGUGAGGGGUCAGGCCAGCUUCCGCCUGUGUUUCUGGCAGCCUAGGAAAUGCCCAUUCUUCAGUUCCAGCCCCCAGCCCCGGUGAAUGUGUUGUGCCUAGAAGAGUGGGGAGUGGGCCCUGUCCUGCCCCCACCCCUUCUGCUGCACUCUGGCCUGGCUAAUGCCUCAUUCCCGGUGACCCCGGGGAGCGUGGCUGCCGGCCUGGUCCAUUCAGUAAACUGCAGCUGCUCUGACUCCAGCUCCCAGGAGGGAUCCAGGGAGCACUGGGACCAAAUUCUGUGGUUUGCAGGCGUGGCAAGUGGUGGCCUCUCGAGGAGCAUCGGCCUCGGAAUACGCCGGGGACUGCAGCAGGCAGAGCACUACAGGUAUGGAGGCAGAAGGAUGCCGGGAUGUAGCUAGAGGUGCAGGGCUGGACUUAGCCUCAGGGCAACGCUGAGCCUGGAACCAAGGCUGUGGAGAGCCAGCCAAGGUCAGGGGGGAAGGGACUCAGAGUUGGGUGGGAGGCUGAGAAUAAAAAUGUGAUCCCGGGGGCGCCUAGAGCCUUAGGGCUGCGGACAUAGGCCCUGUGGGUGGGAAGAUGAGAGGUGCUCCAGCUCAACUGACGAGGAGCAACCACGUUUACUGAAGCCCCAGCCUGCUGCAGGAACCCCUUGCAGCGAGAGAGACUGGAGCUAAGGACCCCUCCUAGAGAAGAGACACUGCCAAGCUUCCGGCCAAUGCAGUGACCUAAGUAUCUACUUCUACCUGCAUUUCCUGAAAUAGCCAGCAGGAGGCAGCCUAACCCACUAGAGCUUGCCAGUGUUCUGCCUCCUGCCUCCUGUAGAAUUCAGCUCUGGCCCUCAAUAAAUGCUUCCUGCAUUC